AGUUCGCAGUUAGCAUUUUGCCAGUUCAAAUGCUGCCGGCGGUCGGAAGAGUUGAUAGCUGAUCGAGCGCAACGUCCGCGAUUCAUUUUCAUUCAAGCACGUUGUUUGUCCCGGAUUCUCCUCCGUCUUCGCGAUCCGUAACUAUCAGUGUUCAGUCUUCACUCCCUCGGAAGAUGAAGAAUUGCUAAAAGGCCAUAUCACAAGAACUACCAUUUAAUAUUCACUAAUAAGGUCAACAAUAAAUAGCAAACAUGGCUGUGGAUUAUGUGUUGGAGGAGCUCAUGGGAAAACUAGGGGACUUUGGCAAGUACCAGUUCCUGCAGUUCUUCCUGCAGGUCCUCUCCGGCUUGACCGCUGGCAUGCACAUGCUGUCGCUGGUGACGGUGGCCGCGGUUCCCGAGCACCGAUGCUUCAUCGAGGGCGUCGACAACAGCAGCUUGUCGGUGACCCCCUGGAACUCGAGCGACAUUCUGGCCGCCAUUCCUCUCAAGCCAAGUGGUGAGCUGGAGUCCUGCUUCAUGUACGAUCCCGCCGAUCGGGCCUCCAAUGCCACUGUUCGCUGCACACGUUACGUAUACGACACGACGUACUACAAGACCUCGCGCACCAUCGACUGGAACUUCGUGUGCGAUCGCCUCUGGAUGGGCUCCAUUGUGCAGACCGUGUUUAUGUUGGGUGUGUUCACCGGCGCCGUCACCCUUGGCGGACUCGCCGAUAAAGUGGGCCGGAAGACCGUGUUCUGCUGGUCGGCUCUCUUUCAACUGAUCAUCGGCGUGGGCGUGGCCUUCAUCCCCGAGUACUUCUCCUUCAUGGUGGCCCGCUACCUGCUGGGAAUCGUGGGAUCCGCCGGCGCCUACAUCUGCGGAUUUGUGUUAACCAUGGAGUUGGUGGGACCCUCCAAGCGAACUGUGUGCGGCAUUACCUUCCAGGCUGUUUUCGCUGGCGGCAUCAUGUUGGUGGCGGGAUGGGGAGCCCUGAUCCACGACCGGCAGUGGCUUCAGGUGGUCUACGGCCUGCAUGGUUGCCUGUUCCUGGGCCACUGGUGGCUGCUCGACGAAUCUCCACGCUGGCUGUGGAUGCAGGGCCGUGCCGCCGAGGCGGUGGACAUUGUGGCCAAGGGACUGAGGAUCAACGGUUCGGGAAUACCGGUGGACAAGGAGUACUAUGUACAGAAGGCCAAGCAGCAGCAGGCGGCCACGGAGGAGACCAGUGCUGGAUUGAGUGAUCUCUUCCGCACUCCCAACCUGCGGAUGAAGACCUUGAACGUGUGCCUCUGCUGGUUUGCCAAUUCCAUCGUUUACUACGGACUUUCGCUCAGUUCCGGCAAGAUGGCCGGCAAUCCCUACCUGCUCCUGUUCAUCCUGGGCCUGGUGGAGUUCCCCAGCUACAUAACCAUUGUGUUCGUUCUGGAUCGCCUGGGUCGUCGAUCGAUCACCUCCACCUUGAUGUUGGGUGGUGGCUUGUGCUGCAUUGUGGCCGCUUACAUUGCCCAGGGAAGCAGUGCCUCCACGACCGUGGUGAUGGCAGGAAAGCUCCUCAUCGCCGGAUCCUUUGCUGUCAUCUACAACUACUCGGCGGAACUGUUUCCCACUGUGGUACGAAAUUCUGCCAUGGGCUUGGGAUCCAUGUGUGCCCGUCUGUCGGGAGCGCUCACUCCGCUCAUCUCGUUGCUGGACUCCUUUGAUCCCAGGAUUCCGGCAGUGCUCUUUGGCGUGGUGGCUCUGAUCUCCGGUUUCUGGGUGAUGUUCCUGCCGGAGACCAUGAAUCAGCCCAUGCCCGAGUCCAUCGAGGAUGGCGAGAACUUCGGCAAGGGCGACACUUGGUUCAGCCAGUGCGCCGGUCGCAAGAAGCGCCAGAAUAGCGUCUAUCCCGAUGAUCCCGAGCAAAUGGUUCCGCUCAAGAACAUCGAGAGCAAGUGAAGUUAAAAGCCAAAGACGAUUGUGCAAGUGUCCCGAAUGCAGUUCAAAUUUCUUGUUACCCUGUUUGUCUUGUUAAGAAUUCUACUCUUCUGCCUAGUAGUAAGUUUUAAGAGUUUCUAUCCAUUCCAAGUGAAUAAAGUUAUGCUAAAGUGUGGGGAUAGCCACUUCAGAAGGCUUGAACCAACACUGUGCCACUAUAAGUUGUUUGUAAA